AUACGAAUCCGAAAUUUGUGACAAUUUUACCACAGACCCAUAAUAAUUUUACCGACUUUGAUCUCUGGCGAAUGCGCAUGAUGUCAAGAAUAAUCAAUAAAUUUGAAUUUUUUUGUAUUUAUCUCAAGUACAAAUCCAUAAUUUUGUAACAACAAUUUCGCAGAGACAAAUAGCAAUCCUUGAAAUUAAUUUGGUUUAGUUACAUAUGGAAGAUUGAGAUAUUGAGCGUAUUUUUCAGUCGGAAAAAAUAUAAUAUUUAUUAUGUUAGCUAGAAAUGACAAUUUGUUUAAAAAGAAAAUUUAUAAGUUAAAAACAUUAGAUGACAACAUACAAAACAUUGUUAGAGAAGCCGUGGAAGCAAGAGAACAUGCUUAUAGUCCCUACAGUGGGUUUAAAGUAGGCGCUGCCGUGUUAUGUGCUGAUGGCAAGAUUUAUACUGGAUGUAACAUCGAAAAUAAUUCAUUUGGAGUUGGAAUCUGUGCUGAAAGGUGUGCAUACAGCAAGGCAAUCAGUGAAGGUAGAAAAAACUUCAAAGCAGUAGUGGUAGUAGCCUACCAAGAGAAAUAUUUCACCAUGCCUUGUGGUGCUUGUAGGCAAUUCAUGAGCGAGUUUGGAAAUGUGAAUUUGUAUGUAACAAAACCGGGAUGUGAAGAGGUGUUUGUUUCUACUUUGGAGGAAAUGCUGCCGUUUCAGUUUCAAACAAGCAACCACAGCUUUGAUUGACCUAAUAUUGUAUGCAUUCUAAAUAAUACACAAUUCUAGUUAACCAGUUUGAUUUAUUAACAAUUUAGUUUAAUUUAAAGCUAUAGUAAAAUGAGAGUAAAAUGUAAAUA